GGGCGGCCAAAACAGCCCGACUUUCUGAUCUCGACCUCACGACAACUCUCGAACGCCCAGCCAGCGAGACCCUACGAAGCCGGCAAGGUACGCACUCCCGGAAUUCAAUCUUUUCACGUUCUAAAAAAAAGCACGAGUGAUUUGACUGACUGGCUUCGAUCCCUGAAGAUGGCCACCGCAAAGACGCACAUCCCGAUCGUGAAGAAGCGCACCAAGCGCUUCAACCGCCACCAGUCCGAUCGCUUCAAGUGCCUGUCGUCUUCAUGGCGCAAGCCCAAGGGUAUCGAUAAUGCCGUCCGCAGACGCUUCAAGGGCACCAUUGCCAUGCCUUCUAUCGGUUAUGGUAGCAACAAGAAGACCCGGCAUAUGAUGCCUUCCGGCCACAAGGCUUUCCUCGUCCACAACCCCAAGGACGUUGAGCUUCUGCUCAUGCACAACCGCACCUACGCUGCUGAAAUCGCCCACGCCGUCUCAUCCCGCAAGCGCGUCGACAUUCUCGCCAAGGCUAAGGCCCUCGGUGUCAAGGUCACCAACCCCAAGGGCCGCGUCACCACCGAGGCUUAGAUGGAAUGAAUAUGAACGAAAAUGGGGCAACCUGGGCUGGGAAAAAUGGUGGUUGUGCUUAUAUUUGCAGUUACCCAAUGAAAUGUCGGUUUUCUUCAUUCAAUUUAUCACUUUUUAAGACGCGACUAUUACAACUAUUACAUUACAUCUAAACGGGGCGGGCCGAUACUUUAUGAGAUCUGGGACGGACAAGACAAAUGCUGGUACUUUUCUUUAUCUUUGGGUGGAAAAGGAGCUAUAAAAUAGCAAGACAAUCCAUAAGAUUCCGGCGUGGAAAAAGAGAUGACGUCGGAUUUCAAGAAAAAA